AUGGCAAAGAGAGCAACCAGCACGGGCAGUCUUUCCCUGAAUCGGAGCCUUUUGGUUCUGCUGAAUUUUCUGGGGACCACGCUGUCAACUGGUCCAGACUCUCUAAGUUGCAACUUCAUUGUCAAGCAUCGUGCCUCAACUGGACAGUGCUCAGUGAAUGGAAAGCCUCUCUUUUAUUUUGAUUAUGAAAAACAGAAGGGAAAUGCCACUGAGGUGUGUGCUGAUUUGUACCAAAGCCUGAAAGAUACUUUUGAUACGAUGACAAACCUGGAAUCAGAGCGAUUCAAAACCGAGGGUGAUCACUCCUUGCAGGUCACCAUACAAUCUCAAUAUAAUCAAGGAGAAUUCAUUGGUGGACUUUGGGCCUUCACCAUCGAUGAACAGUAUUCCUUCUACUUUUAUCCAAACAACACCUGGAGAGAGAGUCAUUCUAAUGCCAUCAAGACCAUGAAGAAAUGGGAGAACAACAGGGAACUAUCCCAAAAUCUUAGGAAACUCUCCACGGGAGAUUUCACUAGCUGCCUCAAGAAACCGACACACUCCAGAGAAAUGCCAAGAUCAACAAUGAAGAUGCUGGAUACCACCCAGCCUACAUAUGCCACUCAGAUGCAUCCUAUAGUGAAUACCACCCAGCCUACAUAUGGCACCCACAAUCAACCUACAGCAAAUAUCACCCAAGUUACUUUUGGCACCCAGAGUCUGAGUAUCACUGUGACAGUGAUUGGUAUUGUUGGUGGACUGUUCGUAAUCUCCAUGGCCAUCUUUUGUUUUAACAAGAUGCUAAAGAAAAAAAAGCCAAUGGCUUGA